GGCGGGGAAUACCGGAAAACCGUACCGCAAACAUCGAUAGGCGACGGCGCCGCCGUAACGCGCGAGUGUGCCGCCGCCGCGGACGAGCGUGCGUGUGUGCGUGUGUGUGCGGUGAGUAGGAAAAAAAGGAUGUGACCGGAGCAUUACGAAAAUGGGCGCUCGCGGUUGAUGUCGGUCGGUCGGUCGGAGCAGCAGCAGCAGCUAUUAUCAAUUCAGUCGCCGCGUUCUUUGUAUCGCCGCCGCCGCCACCGCUGCCGCCGCCGCCGCCGCUCCUCCAGAGACCGCCGACGUACUACGUCUACGUACGCGGCCGCCGCGGUUAGUAGUCGGACGGCAGACAAUGGUGCGUUACGUCCGCCGCCGCCGCCGUUGAAUGUCGCGCGCGAUAUUUUAAUAUUAUAAUUAUUAUUAUAAUAUUUUUAAAAAAAAUAAUUCUCUCGCGUCGUUACCGCCGGGAAGAGGGCCACGCGCGCGCCGUCCACAGCACCAGUCUUACAGCAAUUCAAUCGUAACUGUCGGCCGGUGUUUGAAAGCACAGAAGAAAAAUAAAUAAAUAAAUAAAUAAAUAAUUAAUAACUAAAUCACUGAAAUUAAUUUACACACCGUCUUCGUGUCGUAACAAUCCGUAUACUGCUGCCCGCCAAUACAUUUAUUUCUACGACAAAUAAUAAUAGUAAAACCCGAAAAUAUUAUUACACAUUCAGAUAUAAUAUAUUUCAUGGUCGGCUGCGCCUGAGGAGGUAAGGUGUCGUUGGAUUUAAAUUUUUUCUCGUCGAACCCGCACCAUGAUCGGCGUCGAGAAGAAGGACGACGGCGACCGUUCGACCGUGCCGAUGGACCAGACGUUUACGGGCACCAUACGCAUCAAGCUCUGCGAGGCGUCCGGCCUGCGGCCCACCGACCUGCAGACCCGUCUCAAGAACAUGUCUUUUGUGAAGUCUGAGGAUCCGUUGCUGGACGCCUACGUCAGCAUCGACGUCGACGACAACAUACUGCUCCGGUCGUCUACAGUGCCCAAAACCUAUGAUCCCGUCUGGAACGAGUAUUUCACCCAGGACGUCCAGGACGCCAACCGAUUGGGCUUGACAGUGUUCCACGACGCUGUUAUCGAAGACUUGUUUGUGGCCAAUUGUAAGCUGUCGUUCAGUGAACUCAUUCAACGUGAGAUUUCAGAGGAUCAAGAAUUCUGGGUGCAUUUAGAACCUCAAGGAAAAUUGCAUCUCCGAAUAGAUCUGAAAUGGAAUUCAAAAGAUUUACCAGUUCGUCCGUUAGAAUUCAAAGAACGACAAGGCCUAUUGAACCGAAGACGUGGUGCCAUGAGGAGACGAGUACAUCAAGUGAAUGGACACAAGUUUAUGGCGACAUUCCUCAGACAGCCAACGUUUUGUUCACAUUGCAGGAAUUUCAUAUGGGGAUUUGGCAAACAAGGAUAUCAAUGUCAAGUUUGCACGUGCGUGGUCCACAAACGUUGUCAUAUGGAAGUGGUGACGAUCUGUCCAGGAUUCGGAAAGAAAGAGUUAAGUCAAGGAAACCAAUCUCAACGGUUCAGUGUCAAUGUUCCUCAUAGAUUCAAGCCACAUACUUAUAAAAUAUUUACAUUUUGUGAUCAUUGUGGUUCACUACUUUACGGAAUCUAUAGACAAGGCCUGCAAUGCGAAGUUUGUACUCUAAAUGUGCACAGAAGAUGUGUGAAAAACGUCGCGAAUAAUUGUGGCAUUAAUCCUCGUGAAAUGGCAGAUACAUUGCGAAGCUGUGGUUUGAAUGUCAGCAAAAAUGUUGACUGGCCUGGUGGAAAUGGUAGUUUUAGCGUCAGCAGUGUUUCAGGAAGCGGAAGUGGUUUGCACCGUGAUCUCAGUCAACAAUCUACCAAUAUAUUGAACAUUAUGUCUGAUAAGCAUUCCUCACAGGACAAACGAAGUAGUGACAAAAUGUCCAAAUUGAACCAAAGCAUGAGCUGUUUCAACUUAGGUAAUCGAAAAAUGAGCGUAACAGAUUUUACUUUCAUUAAAGUGUUGGGUAAAGGAAGUUUUGGCAAAGUGAUGUUGGCUGAAAAACGAGGAACUGAUGAAGUCUACGCCGUAAAAGUUUUGAAAAAAGACGUGAUUGUGCAGGACGACGACGUCGAUUGCACCAUGACUGAAAAACGCAUUUUAGCUCUCGCGGCUAAACAUCCGUUUUUAACGGCUUUACAUUCUUCUUUUCAGACUAAAGAUCGUCUGUUUUUCGUUAUGGAAUAUGUGAACGGUGGCGAUCUAAUGUUUCAAAUACAGAGGGCUAGGAAGUUCGAUGAGUUGCGCGCUAGAUUUUACGCAGCAGAAGUAACGCUUGCUUUGCAGUUUUUACACCGGCACGGUGUAGUUUAUAGAGAUUUGAAGUUGGACAACAUAUUAUUAGACAACGAAGGCCACUGUAAGCUUGCUGAUUUUGGAAUGUGCAAAGAAGGCAUAAUUGACGGAGUAACUACUACCACAUUUUGUGGAACCCCUGAUUACAUAGCUCCUGAAAUUCUUCAAGAAUUAAAUUACGGUGCAAGUGUCGAUUGGUGGGCAUUGGGUGUUCUUAUGUACGAAAUGAUGGCUGGUCAACCGCCAUUUGAAGCUGACAACGAAGACGAUCUUUUUGAAUCUAUUUUGCACGACGACGUUCUUUAUCCGGUCUGGCUCAGUAAAGAAGCAGUAUCCAUUUUAAAAGGGUUCAUGACAAAAAAUCGUAACAAACGUCUCGGCUGUGUUGUGGCCGAUGGCUUAGAAUCGGCUAUAAGAAUUCAUUCAUUUUUUCGAGAUUUGGAUUGGGACGCCUUAGAAAACCGUCGUGUCAAACCGCCUUUCAAACCAAAAAUUAAAAAUAAAAAAGAUGCGAUGAACUUCGACGCCGAGUUUACCAAGGAAGAACCAGUCUUGACACCCGUACCCGUGGAUGUCACUUUAUCUAUUAACCAAGAAGAAUUUCAAGGGUUCUCAUUCGUCAAUUUUGAUUUUAAUCCGAGCAAAUUCAUCUCUUCUCAAUCUUCAGAUUCUUCUAAAUAAUAAUAAUCCUACCAGACAAAACAUUUAACUCUGCUGAAAAUCGAUUCGAAGAGAAUUUUAACGAACAAUCUGCAAUAAACAAAAAUGAUUGUUAUGUGAUACGCACAAGUCUACAUAUUGGUAUUAUUAUUCACGAGUUGCCUCUAAUAUAGUUUAUAUAUAUAUAAAUAUAUAUAAUAAGAUUAACUUCUAAUACGAUUAUCACUCUAAUAUUUGUCUAGUCUAGGAUCAAUUAAGCGAAUCGAUCGAUCCUGCAAUAUUGAUUAGUUUAGCUAAAUCUAAUAAAGUACCUAAUUUAUUAUUAAAGUAUAAUAUGCGCCCGUGUUCGAAAUGAUCUAGAAUUCUAUCGUAAAUUAAACAGUAUUAUUUUGCAUUUUAUUAUAUAAUCAAACUAGUCACUUAUAUUAUUAUCGAUCACCUUCGAAUAUCACUCAAUUAUUUAAUGUGUAUAUAUGUUAAUUGAACGUUAAUUUACUGCGAAUUACGAUGAUACUUAUUAUUUUUUAAUAUACGACGCUAUGUAUUUUUGUUUACCAUCACAUAAACAUCUAUACAAAGUGACCAUCAAAAAUUCGUCAAUCUUUAUGACAUACGAUUCCGUGUGAUAUGAUUAUUACUAUAUAUCAUAUAGUAACACAUAUUAUGUAACGUAAAAUUCUAAUACUUACCUACGAAUUUGUUAUGAUCUAAUUAUUAUAAUAUAUUAUUAUAUAGAAUAACCAACGUCGAAACUUUCAAACUAAUUUACAAUUAUUUUAUUGCCUACAACGCGUAUAAUAUAGUCCAUUAAAUAAAACAUCGCGAAACUUUGGACGUAUUUAUAAAAUAUAUACUUACCCUUAAAUAAAAUAUUUAUGUAUUAUAUAUUAUUAUUUUUUAUAAAUAAUAAAUACGUCCCGAGGAUCUCAAAUGCUUUGGCAGCAGCUCGUCCAACAAUGGGCUUAGAACUAAUGUAAUAUAAAUUAUAAUUUAAAAUUAGUCUCGGGUUACCUGUAUCGAACAACAAUCAUUUUUAGAUUUAAAUACAAACUCGAUUAAGUUAUAAUAUAAUAUAGGUAAUUAUAUUAUAUAGAUUAUAGGUAUAUUAUUAUAAAUUUUAUUGUAAACUAGUUUCGUUAAAAAAAAUAACUAUAACAAAUUUAUUUUUAAAAAAAAUUUUACUGAUUUUUUUCUCAGAUUAGAUAUAAAAGUGUGUUCAUUCAAGUGGCCUUUAAAUGUUUAAUUUUUAGUAAAGUAUGCAAUAUUUAACGAAGACACGGACCAUUUAGUAAAUAAAUAUAAUAUUGAACAAACAUAAUGUGUUAUGUGUUAAAAAUAGGAUAUCAUUUUAAUUUAAAGGACAAUUUAUUGAAUGGCCAUACUCGUAGCCCGUACAUAAAAAAUGAUUACCUAUAUAAUAUAUAAUAUACUAUAACGUAGAAUAAUAUAAUAUAUGCUAAAAACGUUCUUCUGUUUUAUCUAUUUUUAAACGUGGCCUGCUGAACAGGGUCGUAUUGUGGAACGGCAUGUACAAUCUCGUAUCUUUUUUUUACUGUUUAACGGCACAAAUCGACAUGACAUUAUGUUUAAAUUAUUCGGUUACCACGGCAAACGUGUAGGUACACCAAUAUUAUUGUUGUGUACCGGAACCGCGUGUAUGGGAUAACGAUAAUAAAUAUUAUAACAAUAAUUAUGUAAUGCACGCAAACGGCAGGACGAUCGGUUCCACCGCCGUCGACGUAAUAUUAAUAUGAAGUAAAAACAUAUUGCUUUCGCUUUCCGUCGGAAAUGCACACGUCUAGGAGGUGGCGGUCGACGGUAUAGAAUAGGUACGACGUGCAAUGCUCGAAUGACGUAUAAUGUUUAGCGAACGCGCAGUGACGCUCGUUGCCUUAUUACCCGCAUUUAUUAUGACGUUAUGCAUUUGAUCAACGAUUUCCGGACGAUCGUAAAACAUAAACGCGUACGAUUUUUCAACCGAACGACGACACUCGGGAGUCUCCGCGCGCACACGCACGACUGCAGUGAUGUACACCCGGUCGCCUUGCCCACAACUGCGAUACUAUUAUCCCUAGUGCUUUUCAGCUUUGGGCGUUGUCUCUGUUCGUCGCGUUAAUAAACGCGUACGACGACGAGAUCGUUUAUUAAUAAGAAGACACUCUACGCGCGCGUCGACCACCCUAACCCGGCUCCAUUUUCCGAACGAGAAUUUUCCUAACCGUCGUGUGGGAGAAACGGUUAAAAUCCGAUUGAUUUUCAAAUUCGGACCGUCGGAGAUGAUAUCGGUUGUCGCGUAUUAUACGGGUCGACCGGUGCCUCGAAAAUGCAUAAUGUCAAUUGUUAUUAUCACAGUAUUUCGAUAUAGACGCCACAAUAACGGACAUAAUAUUAAUAUUAUUGUUUUGAUUUUCAGAGUAAAAUUCGCUCGAUUCGUAUAAUAUAAUAUGCGUAUCACGCAAGUAAUCCAAAAACCGUAUAACGUUAUGAUAUUAUUAUUAACGUUUUACUGGACUCGGUAAACGUUCAAUUGACGCGAUCGGUUCGAUCUUUUACCGACGAAUUUGUGGUUGAAUUUUAAAACACUGUCAUUCAUCAUUUUAUUUCGUCAUAGGCUUAUCGCUUAUACGACAUUCGGGUUUUAUUAUUGUCCACAUACCCGUGUGUGCAGCCUGCAGUAAACCGUAAAUCUAAUAUACUACCUACCUAGUCACGUGGUGUUAGAUUUGAACGGAAAGCGAAUACUCUAAGCAAUGCUAAAUAAAAACUUGCCGUCACAUUACUAUGCGUAUUACACGUUUUAUCGUAUCCCGCGAAUAAUAAAAUAUAAUUUACAACGAUUACGAAAGACUAAAAACUAUCUCAUCGACCUCUGUAAAUACAUCAUAAUAUAAACACGCACCGUCGAAAGAUUUUACGAGAAACAUUUAUUAUAUUAUUUACCCAAUACCUAUAGUAUUAUGCUGUAACGACACUAUAAUAUGUAUAAAAUAUUACGUAACACGACGUGCAGCCCUUCCACCGACACUGUUCUACAAUAUUUGAUACAUAAUAAUAUUUCAUAUUAUUAUUAUUAUUAUUGCGAUUUCCAAUAUAGAUCUGCUUAGUUUUCGUUUACAAUAGUAGAUUUUAAAUGAUGAUAUUUAUGCAUACGGGUUCGAACGGAUCAUAUUUAUAUCUGUAGAUCACAUAUUUUUUAAAAGAAAAUAUGUCUUUUUAACAUUUCCUAUUUAUAAUAUAAUACUAUUAUUAUACUACAUACGAAUAUGCUCAUAAAAGCAAUUUAAUAAUAUUAUUAUGUACGAUUUAUAUAGACUUUUUUUUUGUUUUUUUUUUACAGCUAUUGGUAUAAUUAGGCUUAUCAAUAACGUUAAACGUGUUACCUAUAGGUGUUUUCAUAUUUUGGUCAACGACCGUGGUAGUUUAUAGCUUAAUUUUUUUUAACGAUUUUGUUCAUUUAAAUUCUAUAUGAAAUCCGAACGACUAUACGAUUACGACGUACCUAUUUUUGAAUAAUAAAAAAAUUAAAAAAAGAAAAAGAUAAACAUAUAUUAUAUAUAUAUAUUAUAAUAAAAUAUAUUAUUAUAAAAGCUAUUAGUGAUAAUAACUUAGGUUUAAUUAUAAAAAAAUUCUAAUAUAUAUACCAUUAGUGAUUAAUUGUCUAUAUAUUUAUAUACACAUUUAGAAAGGCGUAAAAAUGUGUCUACACAAAUUAUAUUAUUUACUUUUAACGUUCAAAACUGCGUCGUUUAUAGUAUAUAAUAUAUAUUAUAUACUCGUAUUAUAUUAUUAUGCACAAUUAUUUACGUUGUCCGAAUGGAAUAUAUUAUUAUUAUUAUUAUUAUUAUCAUCAUUAUUAUUAUCAUUAUCAUUAUUAUUAUUAUUAUUAUUAUUAUAAUAGUGUUAGGAAACACAAAACAAAGCAUUACAUUUUAAUAUUACGCAAUUAUCAUUAGUUAAAAUGAUUACCACUUAUAUAAAGAACAUUAAUGCACUUAAAUUUAAUAAUUAAUUAUAAUAAUACGUUCAUUAUAUUGUGGGCUUGUCAAUUUUAUUUCUUUGUUUCAAUCUUCUUCUGGGUGCUGAAAACUUCCCAAUAUUUGUUAUUAUUAUUAUUAUUAUUAUUAGUAUUAUUUAUGUUAACCAUGAUGUUAAUUGUUCGUGGCUAUGAGAAGUUCACUGAUUAUUUUCCAAAAGCAUUUUUUAUUUUAUUAUAUAGCUGUAGGUAGUGUAAAAUGUAAUAUUACCUUAUCGUUUUUUAAUCAUUUUAAUAUUAUUAUAGUUUUUGUGUGCAAAUCACGUGUUCUAAUAAACUAUAUUUAUGUUUAAAUAAUUACUUUUAUAUAAUACAUUGAUUGGAAUCAAAUAUAUACCUAGUUAUUAUUGUUAUUCUGUUUAACAAACUUUAAAAAUCUCAUCCAAAAAGUUAUUUAUUUAACGUUUAUUAUUAUUAUUAUUAUUAUUAUUAUUACUCUAAAUAAAUGAUUAUAUUAUAAUAUGUAUAUUUAAAUAUUAUAAGCAAAACGACCUAGUCAUCACAUAUUUGUUAUCACCAAUAAGGUACUUUUAGUAAUUAUUAUUAUUAUUAUUAAAGAUCAUACCUCUAUCUAUGUUGUGUACACAGUGUAGUUUUUUUUUAGUUCAUGUUUUUUCUAUUCAGUAUUAUUAAUUAAGUUUAUGUAAUUUUAUUAUAUUCUUAUAUGUUUUAAUGAUUUUUCCUUUAUAUGAUUUAAAGCCGUUUGUUUUUAAAAUGUUUUUCGUUUCAAAACUACUUUGUUAUAAUAAUGUAUUAUUUUUGAUGUUGUUGAAUUUGUUUUGAGUCAUUACAGUUACGUUAUAAUUUUGUGCCAAAAUGUGUGUUUAAAUUAAUAUUGUAUUCAAUCGGUAUUUGAUUUAUAAUAUUUUUUCAUUUGUGUCUAUUCCUUUAAUACCUCGCGCUUUUUAAAAUACUAAUAAUGAGUUAUAAAAUUUAAAUUUUAUGUUAUUUAUUAAUAAAAACAAAUUAUAUUA